UUUGCAUAAAAGCUUUGGCUUAAGAGAAAGGAUUUCUUCUGGUUCUUACAUUUUUUCCAAUUUCUUUGUAGAACAUCUUAUUCUGCCAGGACAAGAGGCAGGUCCCCAUUCGCAGGUACUACCACUCAGUCCACCACUGGACUCGGCCAUCCUCGCUGAGCCACCAAUCAAAUCAAUUGUCUCCCCGUUCCGUCUGAGCUACUCUCGGUGAGUCGGACCAUCCUGCCCAUCGUAUCCUCCCCGACCUCUUGAUAGUCUCAAUUGGAUCAUAAAAUCGCCAUCAUGAAGGCCGAGGAGCUCCAGACCCUUCCCACCGCGCUGGCCGGCGACUUCAAGUCGAUCGAGCCGCACCUCCGCGCUCUCGACAAGCACCUGACGCUGCGCACCUUCGUCGAGGGCUACUCGCUGGGAGACACCGAGACCAAGAUCUGGCAGACUCUCAAGCUGAACAAGGUUGCUAUGGGCUUCAUCCGCAAGGGAACUCUGGCCAACCUCACCCGUUGGUUCACCUUCAUCGAGACCACCCACCCUGAGAUCCAGGCCGAGACGAACGCCGCCGAUGCCGAGCGCAAGGCCAAGGUUGCCGCUGCCAGCAAGAAGGGCGCCAAUUACUCGCUAUCUCUCCAGAACGCCGAGGCCGGCGUCGUCACCCGUUUCCUCCCCGAGCCCUCAGGAUACCUUCACAUCGGCCACGCCAAGGCGGCGCUCCUGAGCGACUACUUUGCCCACGAGGCCUACAACGGCAAGCUCCGCCUCCGUCUCGAUGACACCAACCCCGCCAAGGAGAGCGAGGAGUUCCAGGACGCCAUCGUCGAGGACCUUAAGAUGAUGGGCAUCACCCCCGACGCGCUCUCCUACACCUCGGACUACUUCGACUACCUCUACGAGACCUGCGUCCGUCUCAUCAAGGAGGGCCACGCCUACGCCGACGACACGGAGCAGGAGACGAUGCGCAACGAGCGCACCGAGGGCAUCGCAUCCAAGUGCAGAGACCGCAGCGUCGAGGAGAAUCUGCGCAUCUUCGAAGAGAUGAAGAACGGCACCCCCGAGGGCCUGAGCAACUGCAUCCGCGCCAAGAUCUCAGUCGACAACGUCAACAAGGCCCUGCGAGACCCCGUCAUCUACCGCUGCAACAUCGAGAACAAGCACCACCGCACCGGCGACAAGUGGAAGAUCUACCCCAUGUACGACCUCGCCUGCCCCGUCGUCGACUCCCACGAGGGUGUCACUCACGCCCUCCGUUCCACCGAGUACACCGACCGCAACCCCCUCUACCAGUGGUUCAUCGACACCCUGAAGCUGCGCCAGGUCUACAUGCAUGACUUCAGCCGCAUCAACCUCGUCCGCACCUUCCUCUCCAAGAGAAAACUCGCCAAGAUCGUCGAGAAGGGCACCGUCUGGGGCUGGGACGACCCGCGCAUGCCCACCAUCCGUGGUGUGCGCAGACGCGGCAUGACCAUCCCUGCCCUCCGCGAGUUCAUCAUCAAGCAGGGGCCCAGCCGCAACGUCGUCAACAUGGACUGGGCGUCGUUCUGGAACAUCAACAAGAAGGUCAUCGACCCUGUUGCGCCGCGUCACACUGCCAUCCUCGAGAAGGACGCUGUCAAGGUCAAAGUCAUCGGCGCCGACGCCCCCGCGGCCCCGCGCACCGAGGACAAGCCCAAGCACCCCAAGAACCCCGACGUCGGCACCAAGAAGGUUGUCUUCUCGAGCGAGCUCAUCCUCGACCAGGCCGAUGUCAAGAGCUUCAAGAAGGACGAGGAGUUCACCCUCAUGGGCUGGGGCAACGCCUUCGCGCGCGAGAUCGGCGCGACGGACCCUAUCACCGAUCUCACGGUCGAGCUCCACCUCCAGGGCGACUUCAAGACGACGGACAAGAAGGUCACCUGGCUCUCUACGGCUGGCACCAAGCUCGUCAAGGCCGAGCUCUGGGACUUUGACUACCUCAUCAACAAGGACAAGCUCGAGGAGGACGACGUGCUCGAGCAGGUCCUCAACCCCAACACCUCGACCAUGGAGACGGCGUGGUGCGACGCCGGCGUCGGUGAGCUUAAGAAGGACGACAUCAUCCAGCUCGAGAGAAGGGGCUUCUUCCGCGUCGACAAGGGUCUCGACGAGGGCGACGUCGUUGUUCUGUUCAACAUCCCCACCGGCAAGGCCAAAUAAGUCGUGCCAGUUUGUUUUCUCCGCCAUUUGUAGCUAGAUACAAGGUCAUGAAAGAAAUGAUGAAUUGAAGCAUGAACUCAAGAGGACGGGGCGUCUUGCUAUAUACUCUGUUUCGAAUGUGAUUCUAUCCUACCUAUGUCGGAAAAGAUAAGUAAGACGGGAUAAGGGCGCAUAGCUACGCUUGUUGCGGGCGAGUGUGUUACUCCCCCGCCUGACAUCAUUGAAUACACUUUCAACUUGUCCCUGCGGACGGAAUUAACACCACAAGUUUUCAAGAAAUCGCUGCUUCAGGCCAGUUUCAAUGCGAUUGAUGGAAUUUCUCUGGUAGAACACCAAC